ACCAGGGGGCGGUGUGCACGUAACGUAACAAGAGUCAUAACAAGAGACUCUAAAGGAUACAAUACAGAACCAUGGCGGAGAAAGAUGCAGAAAAUGUCAAAAUGCAUAAUGAGAGACUACUUCUGAACCGGAGGAAUGAGCUCGACUACUGGAAGAAGAACGCCGAGCGGAUCCGCGGGCGGAACCGGCUGACGGGGCUCGCCAUCGGCGCGUUUGUGGUCGGCAUGUUCGGCUACACCAUCCUCUCUGUCAAGCAGGAGAAAAUAAUGGAUGACAUCGACAAAGAAGCAAAGGUCCAAAUCUGGAGAGGUCCUCGUACUGGAGCCAACUCCUAGAUCCUGUGUGUGUGUGUGGCUGUGCGUUAAAUUAAAUGUGCGUGUGCUGUAUGAUUAAUCAAGACCGCAGGACCCACUUGGUUGUGGAUGAAGAACAGAACCCAACAGAGUCUAGUAUGGAAGAAUUUGAGUCAACAUCAAAUCUGUAAACGUCUCAUGAGAAAAAGAAAGAAGAAAAUGUUGCGUGUUGUUGACUUGCUGCUUCUACAUAUCUUAUCAACCAGAGGAAUACAAAACUAUAUUUAACAUGUAUGUCAUCUCUGAGGAGGCGCCACUCAAUGUUCUGUCAUGCACUAUGUUCUGUCACAUUAUAUUAAAUUAUCUUCAUAAAUAAAGUGGUUGUAAAAUAAAAAUGGUUAUCUAAAAUG